UAGGAUUGAUCGGUGAGAUUAAUAAGCAACAAGUAUAAAAGGAGGGAUUGCUUUCCAUUGUUCCCCCCGCCAUAGAAAACUCGAAACUCUGCAAUCAUGUCAAAGACCAACACCCAAGUCCUUUUCAAGCAGGAUCCCGGGGCGGGAUGGGUCGAGCCUUCUCACAUGGAGGUCACAAAGACUGCUUUCGACCCUGAUACAGUCGAAUUGAAGGAGGGCGACGUAUUGGUAAAGGUUCUUUACCUGUCAUUGGAUCCGUACAUGCGUGGAAGAAUGAACACCUCCAAAGCGCGAUACGUCAACGCUUUUGAAGUCGGAAAGCCCAUGCAGGGCGGGGGUGUCAGUCAAGUCUACCGCGUCGGUGGCAAGAGUGAAUAUGCAAAGGGUGAUAUCGUCGUUGGCUUUGUCGGGUGGGAGGAGUGGUCAGUCAUUCCCGGAGGCCAGGGGUUGAAAAAGUUGGAUGCUUCUUUGCCAGUUCCUUUGAGUUACUACCUUGGAAUUUUGGGCAUGCCCGGCCAGACCGCUUACUGUGGUCUCAUCAAACUUGGGGAGCCCAAGCCAGGCGAAACCGUCUACGUCAGUGGUGCCGCGGGAGCCGUCGGUCUCGUGGUUGGCCAAAUUGCAAAGGCAAAGGGUUGCUACGUUGUCGGUUCAGCCGGUUCCGAUGAAAAGGUCAAGGUCCUCCUCGAAGAAGCUGGUUACGACGCGGCAUUUAACUACAAAACUGUUGAAUCCUUUGACAAGGCGCUCAAAGAGUACUGCCCCAAAGGCAUUGAUGUGUAUUUCGACAAUGUGGGAGGCGAAAUGCUCGACGCAGCACUGACACACAUGAACGUACACGGUCGUAUUCCCGUCUGCGGUGGUAUUUCGCAAUACAAUGUCGAGACACCAUACGGUGUCAAGAACUUGCUUGAAAUCAUUGGAAAACGUAUCAAGAUACAAGGAUUCUUGGUUGGAGAUUUCUGGGCGGACAAGGAGUUGAUGGCGAACUUUGGAAAAGACAUGUUCAAUUGGGUCAAGGAGGGCAAGAUUGUAUACAAGGAGCAAAUUGACGAGGGAUUGGAGAGUGCUCCAGAGGCAUUUGUAGGGAUGUUGAAGGGGCGUAACACUGGCAAGCAAAUUGUCAAGGUUGCAGACAGGGAUUAGAUGUGUUAUAUCCCAGAAAAUAAACGACUGUAAAGAUCAUCUGUUACCUUGCAUUCAAAAUAUAAGGCUACUACGUCUAUUGCUCUUGC